GAAGGCGGGACUGGUCUCUCAGGGCCCGCGGUGUUUGAAGUGGGUGGUGUGUGUGAUACCAAUGGAAUAUAGUAUGUGGACUUGCGCUAAUAGUGCUGCUGAUGAAGGCCUGCUUGUAAACUUACAGUCAUUGCGGAAUCAGCUGAGGAAAACUGAAAAAAAUCUACAAACUGUAGAGGAAGAGCUUUCUAGCACUAGUAAAAGUGAAUGUUAUGGCCGCUGCUUUGAUGAAGUGGUAGAUUUCACUCUGGAGGACCUUGUACAACCUAAUUGCAACCAUCGAGGCCUUUCCAACCGUAAGAAGAAUGCUGGUAACGCAUCUUGCCAGGAUUUUCAAAGAAAAUCUGAAGCUUACUCAGUAUCUACGACUUCUGAUAAAACUGUGGAAGAAAAUGAACAUCUUAGGGAGAAGCUGGAUGCCCUUCAUGAGCAAAAUGCAUCUUUGGUUUCUCAGAACCAAUACCUAAAGAACAGAGUGGAAACAAUGAACUUUGAAUUGAUGCAGUUAAAAACAAGAAUUUCUUAUCUUGAAUCGACUUUAGGUACACAUUUAGUCAGCAUUCCAAAGUUGAAAGAACAGAUUGUAAACUUGGAAGCAGAAGUUUCAGCUCAAGAUAAAAUUCUGAGAGAUGCAGAAGAUGAACUGGAUCAAAGACGGAAAACAGGAAUGGAAAGAGAAAACACGUUGCAAAGAUAUAAAAAAGGCUAUAAAAAUCUGAAGAUGGAGUUAAUUGAACGAAGCAAGCAAGGAAAGAGAGCAGAACAGCAAAGAAAUGAAGCUUUGUUGAACACAGAGGAACUGACAAGAGCUUUCAAAAAGUACAAAGAGAAAAUGACUGAAAAAUUAGAAAAGGUUAAAGCUGAAGAAAUAGUCUUGGGAAAACAUUUAAUUAAUUGUGAAAAAGAAAACGAGAAGUUGAAUGAAAAGUGUGUCAGCUACAGAAAGGAUCUAGACAUCCUAGAAGAGCAAUUAAGGCAAUUAAAGGAAGAGAAUCACAGCACAAAAGAAGAAAUUAAGACUCUAGAGGCAAAGAACAUUGAAAUGGUAUCAAUGCUGACUCGGUCUGAUCAGAAGAUCAUUGAGCUUGAGAAUGAACGUAGUGAAAAGGAAAUAGUACUUAAAGAGAAGAAUGCUCUAAUAAGUGAAAACACAGAGCUGAGAGCACUUACUGCACAGCAACAUAACCGCUUGAAAUUAUGCCAUCAGGAAAUUGAGAAUUCAAGGGAAGAGCUCAACAUACUAGAAACCAUUAUUUCCCAGUUGUCUUUAAGUACAUCUGAAGAGUUUAAAUGGCACCACUUGAAACACCAGCUAUCCGGUUCCUCAACAAAGGAAGCUCCCUCUGAAUCUUGUGAAUCAAAUAAACCUUUGAUUGCAGAUCUAAGCAUUAAACUGUCAAUGAACGAAGCAGAAAUUCAAAACCCUCGUGCAAACUUAACUAUCUGUAAUGGAGCUGGGCAUCCUUCUAAUGAUAAUGAAGGACAAGAAAAUAGCAGGUUAUGUGGCCUGGAAAUGGAGCCUGUCAAAUUGAUCAGAAGUCAAGGAGAGAGGAGAAAAUGUCAACAGUUGGAACUCAUCAGCAAACAAUUUGAAAAGGAGAGGCAAAGAUUCCGGAAAGAGAUAGAAACGUUACGCACUAAACUGACAAAAGCAGAGGAUGAGAAUUCUUCUUUGAAGACCAGCAUGGCUCAGAGAGCCAGUCAGUUUCAAGUCAUACAGGAAGACCUAUUGAAGAAGGCUUCAAAAACUAGUAGCUUAGAGAGAGAAAUAACAAAGAAAUCUUCUCAACUUUCUGCACUUGAGAAGCAGUUGGAAGAGAAGACUACUGCUUAUUCAGCUGCUGCAGCAAGAAAUACUGCGCUGGAACAGGAACUCAUGGGAAAAAACAGACGCAUUCACGAGUUGGAAAUAACUAUCAGCGAAGAACAUGAGCAAAUAAUUUCUGCUUUUGAAAAAGCAAAGUUGGUUCACUUGGAGCAGCACAAAGAGAUGGAGAAACAGAUUGAACUACUUCAGACACAGCUGGAGAAGAAACAUCAGCAAUUCACUGAACAAGAGAAAAUAAUAUCUAUUUUGCAACAAGAUGUUAUACAUAAACAACAUCACAUUGAAUCAUUGGAUGGGCUGCUGAUAGAAAGCAGAGAGGAAAUGGAAAAUCAAAAUAUCAAGAAAGAUCAAGGACUGAAGGUGCUGAAAAGUCAGUUAACAGAAGAAACAAUCAAAGUGAGACAACUUGAGUCAGCACUAGAUGUAUGUAAGGAAGAAGUUGCGCUGUAUUUGAGUCAGUCACAAGAAAAUAAGGAGAUGUUUGAAAAUCAGCUCAAAAAAAAGUCUGAAGAGGUUCAUUAUUUACAGAAAGAAAUAAAACUAAAAGAUCAGAAUAUUCAGGACACAAGUGUACAAAAUAUUCUCCUACAACAAACUUUGCAUCAUCAGCAGCAAAUGUUACAGCAAGAAACUAUUAGAAAUGGGGAGCUAGAAGAUAAUCAAAUUAAACUUGAAAAACAGGUAUCCAAUUUGGAACAAGAGCUUCAGAAGCAGAAAGCGUAUGCAGAAGAUGAGUUGAGAAAGGCAGAGGAGAAACUUCGCCUAGCUGCUCAGGAAGCAGAUUUAAACAGACAGAAGGUGGAUGAACUUAACAGUACAAUCAGAAAAAUUAAAUUGGAGAGGGAUCAGUGCAAGAAUGAACUUACUGUUAUGGAAAAAGAAGUAGAGCAAUUAAAACGAGAUGGUGAAGACCAAGCAACGCAGAUAAAUCAGCUGGAUAUUACUUUGGAAGAAGCACGAUCAGAGCUCAAUGAAAAGGCAAAUGAGGUGAAUGAUUUAGAAGAUAAGCUGCUUCAAAGUGAGACUUGCCACAGGGAAGCCUUACAGAAAAUAGCAGAAUUGGAAUCCGCAUUAGAGAAUGCCCGUGGAGAAUUAAAAAUCACUUUAACACAGCUUCAGGAAUUGCAAGAUGCAUUACAGAAAGCACAGUCUUCUCUGCAGGAGAAACAUGUUGCUAUCAUGGAUCUAACAACUGAGCUCAGGUAUUGCAAGGGAGAAAUUGAAGACAAAACCCAAGAACUCCUUGACAUGGACCAUGCAUUGAAAGAAAGGAAUUGGGAACUGAAACAAAGAGCAGCUCAGAUUACACAGUUGGAUAUGACAGUUCGUGAACAUAGAGGAGAAAUGGAACAACAAAUAAUUCAAUUGGAGUGCAAUUUAGAGAAGUCAGAAUUAGAAAUUAAAGAAUGCAAUAAACAGAUUGAGAGCUUAGAGAAGAAACUCCAGCAUUCUAAAGAUGAGCUUCGUGAAAAAGAGUUUGAAUUGCUCCAGAGAGACCACGAAAUAAAUCAGCUAAAGAAAAAAAUUGAAAGAAAACAACAAAGCCUAGAAGCUCUUUGAAAAGGAGCCAGAAUUGUGAAGGAAGGAAUGUUGCCCAUUGGACAAGCAGCAACCCAGGAAUGCUGUUGCUGGCAUCAUAAUCAUGCAUUCAAAAAGGAAAUUUUAACAUUGCAUUUGUAAAUAAUGAGUCUGGUUAUUUGUGCUGAUGCAAAUGACAACCUUUUUUAUUUUUUCAAGUGGUUUUGAGAUUAUUGCUUUGAUAUAAUAACAUCUUAAUUUAUUUUUGAGAAAUAAAUUUUAUUUUUUAAG